AAGAAAACAAAGUAGCCGGAUAGGACGCAGGAUUAUGACGUAAUCACAACCGGAAGUUGUCUUUCGUAAAGCGUCCUGUCUGCAGAGUGCUGAUAAGGAUGUCUGAACAAACAGAGACGACAAAGCAGGAGAAUGAACAACAAGAAGGCAAUGAAGGGAAUCUUAGUGGGGAGGUAGUUCAGAAGGAAGUGGUGAAGAAGAGAGUCAGAGAAGAUGAAGGUGAUGAUGAGUCACCCACCAAAAAACAGGUUUCUGAUCACGGUGUUAAGGUGGCGAGCCACUACAAUAAGCUGCAGGAAGUUGGUCUGGCAGCUCGAAGUCGCAGCAGAAUCUUCUUCAUGAGAAACUUCAACAACUGGCUGAAGAGUGUCCUGAUUGGUGAGAUUUUAGAGAAGGUGCGGAAGGCGGGGAACAGCCGGGUGUGUGUGCUGGAUCUUGGUUGUGGAAAAGGUGGAGACUUAUUGAAGUGGAGAAGAGGAGGAAUCGAUCACCUCGUCUGUGCAGACAUAGCAGCCGUGUCUGUGGAGCAGUGCCAGAGCCGAUACGAUGAGAUGAAAAGGAAAAGUUACUCCAACGAGAAAAUCUUCAGCGCUCAGUUCAUCACUGCCGACUGCUCAAAGGAGUCUUUGCCAGAGAAGCUGGACGACGCCGAGCUGAUGUUCGACAUCUGCAGCUGUCAGUUUGUGUAUCACUACUCCUUCGAGAGCGAGCAGAAGGCCGACAUGAUGCUGAGGAACGCCUGUGAGCGUCUGAAGCCCGGAGGCUUCUUCAUUGGAACGACGCCAGAUGCCUAUGAACUGGUUAAGCGCCUGGAAGCGUCGGACUCUCUGUCGUUUGGUAACGAGGUCUUCAAAGUUUCCUUCCAGUCCAAAGGCUCCUAUCCUCUGUUUGGAUGCCAGUACCACUUCAGCCUGGAGGAGGUCGUCGACGUUCCAGAGUUUCUCGUCUAUUUUCCUCUUCUUGAGCACAUGGCGAAACGCUACAACAUGCGUCUGGUGAUGAAGCAGAGGUUCUCAGAGUUCUUCAAGGAGAAAGUGAGGAACGAGCAGCAUCGCAGCCUGAUGAUGAAGAUGAUGGCCCUGGAGCCCUAUCCCUGUGAGGAUGGAGGUCAGCAGGCCACAGACGGCAAAGACGAAUACGCCACUGCUCAAGAGCACUGCAAGAAGGCAGGCGUUAGACCUCCACUGGGAACUCUGAGCCAAUCUGAAUGGGAAGCAACCAGCAUCUACUUGGUUUAUGUGUUUCAGAAGAUGUCCUGAUCCUGAAAACAAGCUCCGCCCCUUCCCGUCAUCUCACCUGUUUCCUCUUUUUGUAACCUUUUUCUGUUGUUCCGUUUAAGUUGUUUAAAAAAAAAAGCUAUAGACUGUAUAAGCUUUGUUGGUUAAUUAAGUUUUGCCUCAAAAUUUUUUUAAUAAAAAAGGAAACAAAAGUCA